AUGAAAGCCGGUUUGGAUCUACAAUCGGCGGUAGAAAUAGCAAAACAAUCGGAGUUAGUUAAAAGCCAAUUGAUCGAGCGUGAGUCAUUAGAGACAAAGCAGAUUGACGAAGUGCAACGACAAAGGAAUUAUCGCCGAGGUGAUUGGAACAAAAGACAGACGUUAUCAUUUCAACAACAACAGCGGUGUGGUAGGUGCAAUAGGAAGCAUGUUAAUGAGUCACAAUGUCCUGCAAGAGGUAAGAAAUGUAGAAAAUGUGCUAAGAUAGGGCAUUUUGCCGCUGUGUGUAGAACUAAAACUGUACAAAGGAAAGCUGUUGGUGAAAUUUCAAAGAAGUCGGACGAACUUGUCCGAGAGUGGGACGAAACUUUCUUUUUGGGUUCCGUCAUGUCAUGUAACCGGGACAAAGAUCCCUGGCAAGUUGACCUUAAGUUGAAUGGGCAACCAACUAAAUUUAACAUAGAUACCGGAGCUGAUAUAACAGUCAUACAAGAAGCCAUUUAUAGUAAUUUAGUACCACGUCCACUCCUUCAAUCAACAACAGCUGUCCUUCAAGGUCCUGGGGGAAUAAUUGCAUGUAUUGGUGAAAUAACUGCAAUUUUUUCAUAUAAAUUGGUGGAAUAUUCAGUUCGUAUUGUUGUUGUUCGGGAAGAAAAUGUGAACUGUUUGCUGGGUCGAGAACUUUCCACUCAAAUGGGUUUGGUUAAAAGAGUGCAUGAAAUUACUGAUCACAGCGUAUUUGGAGAUAUAGGGCUCUUGAAAUGUGAAUCCGUCAAGAUACAUUUACACGAUAAUGCUAAACCUUACAGUGUGAGUACCCCGAGGCGUAUAUCCUUUCCUCUACUGCCAUUGGUGGAAGCCGAGUUGAAAAGAAUGAAAGACGAAGGAAUCAUUGAAGAGGUGACAGAGCCAACUGAGUGGUGUGCCCCUAUCGUCCCAAUCCCAAAGAAGAAUGGUCAAGUACGAAUUUGUGUUGAUUUGAAGAAACUAAACGAGGCUGUUAAACGCGAAAGAUGUGUUUUGCCCAGUUUAGAUGAUAUUGCGCCUUCACUUCAUGGAUCCGAAGUGUUCUCAAAAUUAGAUGCUGCUAGUGGAUUUUGGCAGAUCCCUUUACAUCCUAAAAGCUCUAAAUUGACGACCUUCAUUACCCCGUUUGGUCGAUUCUGUUUUCGAAGACUGCCCUUUGGGGUAUCCUCCGCUCCGGAAAUUUUCCAAAGAUUGAUGACCGAUCUACUUCAGGAAAACCUGGUACCAAAGUGAUUAUGGAUGACAUUUUGGUAUAUGGGAAAUCGGUUGAGGAACAUGACUCUAAUUUGGAAGAAGUCCUGAAUACUGUACAAAUUUCUGAACUCAAGUUGAACAAAUCGAAUUGCGAAUUCCGCAAAGAAAAGCUGGGAUAUUUUGGUCAUCGCGUGGGUAAAAAUGGCGUUAAACCCGACCCUGAAAACGUGCGAGCCAUCGUCGAGUUAUCGCCUCCAACCAGUGUGUCUGAAUUACGAAGAUUGUUGGGUAUGAUCAACUACUUGGGGAAGUUUUUGCCAGAUCUGUCGACGGUAUUACAGCCUUUAAAUGAUCUUCUAAAAGGGAGUUCCACAUGGGUUUGGGGCCCGUCCCAAGCAGAAACUUUCGAGAAGGUGAAGCAGCUGAUAUCUUCUGCUCCUGUGUUAGCGUUUUACGACCCGAAUCGCAAGACGGUAGUCAGUUCUGAUGCCAGUAGUUACGGACUCGGUGGUAUGUUACUUCAAGAAGGAGAUGAUAAAUCUUUACGACCAGUUGCAUUUUGUUCUCGGACUUUAAGACAAACGGAACAGAAUUACGCGCAAAUAGAGAAGGAAUGCCUUGCAGCAGUUUGGACCUGUGAGAAGUUCUCUCGUUAUUUGUCUGGCCUUCCCGUAUUUGAAUUGCGAACAGACCUGUAA